AUGGUCAUGUUCUGGAUUAUAUUGCUUUUUCUUCGUCAAGGAUAUACUCUAGUUCCAGUGAAAACUGUUCAGCUUGGUGAACCAGCGAACAUAACAUGUGCUUUGCCCAGUGGGGUCAGCAUUAAAGGAGUCCACUGGUACAAGCAGAGUGUCGGAGAUACUCUCAAAUUAAUAGUGUCACUGGUUAAAACUGCAACACCUCAGUAUGGUCAAGAAAUAUUUAAAUCAAGAUUUCAAGCAAAUUAUGAUAAGAAAUUUAGCAACCUGACCAUUUUGAAAGCAGUCCAAGACGAUGAGGGAAUCUAUCACUGUGGAAUCAUAGAGUGGAUUAAUCCUGAAUGGACUGGAACAUAUUUGUUAGUAAAAGGAAAUAAUGAGACAGCAUCAAAGUAUACUGUUGUUCAGUGGCCAACAGUGUUAAAUCCACUGCGUUCAGGAAAUUCAAUGACUCUCCAGUGUUCAGUCUAUUCUGACUCUGACCAGAUGUGUCCCAGAGAUUAUAAUGUGUUCUGGUUCAGAGCUGGAUCAGAUCAAUUACAUCCGAGCAUCAUCUACACUGAUGGAAACAGACACAGUGAAAGUGAGAUAAUAUCAGACUCACAGGAGACGUGUCGUUAUCGCUUCUCUAAGAAUGUCAGCUCAUCUGAUGCUGGGACUUACUACUGUGCUGUGGCCACAUGUGGGGAGAUAUUAUUUGGAAAUGGAACUAAACUGGACAUUGAAGAGCAAAAAUCAGGUUCUGAAUUUACUGUGCUGGUUAUGGCAAUAAUAUUCUUGGUUAUUUCUGUGACUCUCAUUAUUGUUUGUUGUCGAACUCCAAGAGGAAUAUGUGAACAAUGCAAAGAUGCAGUUGCUUUGCAAACAAAUGUGACAGCAAAAGGAGAUCAGGAAAUUCUGCAGAUCUUGUGCGGUGAAGGGUUCACUCUGGUGGUUGCCCACACAUCUAGCAGCACUGGUGACAAGGUGGUCCCGGGGGCCGCUGGCGCCUCCACUGGCAGCCCCAGAGCUGGUCCGGUGGCCACCCAUGUGGCAAGCAGUGGCGGCACAGCAGGUGUGGAAGUGAGCAGGGGCUCAGAGGCAGAUGGGCAGGCAGCCGGCAUGAAGGACCACGCGGCAUGCCGGCCUCUGUUGGAAGAGAGGCCGGACCAGACAGGAUGCUGCUCUUGGGCAUGGCAGGAACCCCGUGCACCUCCACCUCCGUCUCCAGCUUGGCAGGUCCCACUGGCACGCCAGGACCUCCACCUCCUCACGCGGCUCCUCCAGCUCUCCUGGCUUGAGCAGCCCUUUAUGUACCUCCUCCACCUCUGGUAA